CAACUGACGUGUAUAGCUCUCUGCUCAACUGUGAGCGCAGUCUACAGCAAUUGCAAGCAAGGUGAAAUACGUUGCUACUGCAACGCGCCAUCAUGCGUUCAGACGGGUUACAUGUGCAAGUCACAGGAGGGACGCUGCUUCAGUCUGCUGACGUACGAAGGUGACAGCGCCAAUUCCGCCCACGGUUGCGUGGACCUGUUACAGAUGCGGGAUAGGGACUUGUGCAGCGGGAGGGGAGAUAUUAUCAAGGCCAGAAACGGACAGGAAGAGUGGCCAAUACUCAUGUGCUGCCCAGACGAUAUGUGUAAUUAUAUGGACAAUGUUGACAGCGUCGAUAUGGAAAUAAAAGCGGAGAAUCGUACUCUUAUACAAGAAGACAUCGAAACCAAGGUUCAUCUUAUCAACCAUGACACCCCGAUCCACCACGAGGAGUACUCCUCCGAGAAAGAACUCUGGUUUAAAGCGGCUGUCAUUGCCGUGCCGAUCGCCGGUGGAUUCAUCCUAAUACUCCUGGUGCUACUCGCUGUGCGCAUGCUCAGACAAGACAGUAAACGUCAUCAUCGGCUUAUGCAAAUGAGGAAUCAUCGAAGCUUGACGAAAGCGCAGCUUUACGUCACGGAUCAUUUUUAUCUUGACAAAAACGAGAAGUGUUCUCAUUUGAAAGGCAUCUCGAACUGUGUUGCGGAAAAAAAUUAUACAGCGAAAGAAAAACAUAAACAAAGUCCUGUGUCAACUUUUGUGAAAAUGCCGGACAAGAAGGCAAAAGAUGGCUCAAAUGGGUGUUCUUAUACGAGGGAUUCAGUAUUAAUAUGGGGCGGAACGAAGACAGAGACAAUUAUCAAAGACACAUCCAUUGUGUAAAAAUUUAUGGAGACUCGGACUCAGAGUCAGAGGUUUCAUCGCUUGCCUUGCUUC